AACAGAAGAAGAAAACUAAAAAUGUCGCAUUACCAAUGGUCGUCCUUCCGGACGUUUAUCUUAAUAAUGAUGGCGAUGCCUUUGACGGUCGUUGGCCAGCUUCAUGUGACGCCAAACUCGAGACCACCGUUCAAUUUCACUUGGCCAACGAAAAAAGCGUCUGAAGUGGAAGGGGAUCUCAUCCUCGGGGGUCUCAUGAUGAUUCACGAAAGACAAGAUGACAUCACCUGCGGGCCUGUCAUGCCACAAGGUGGCAUUCAGGCCUUGGAGACGAUGUUGUUCACCAUCGAUCAAAUCAAUCCGAUCCUGUCCAGCACGGCCGGUUUCACUAUCGGAGCUCACAUCCUCGACGACUGCGACAAAGACACUUACGGACUGGAACAGGCUGUCGCUUUCGUUAAAGGUUCUAUAAGUAAUAUCGACGACACCGAUUACAAAUGUCUUGAUGGAACUGUGCCGGAUGUAAGGAAUAAAGUCAUCUCCGGUGUUGUGGGCGCCUCGUCUUCAGUAACGUCCAUCCAGGUGGCAAAUCUUUUGCGUCUUUUUAGGAUCCCCCAGGUUUCCUUCUUCUCGUCGAGUCCCGAGCUGAGUAACAAGCAACGCUUCGAAUACUUCACUCGGACUAUUCCCUCUGAUCAUCACCAGGUGAUGGCCAUCGUGCAAAUCAUCCGUUUCCUCAAAUGGACUUACAUUUCCAUCCUCUACGAAGAGUCCACGUACGGUAUCAAGGCAUUUGAGGAGUUGGAAGUGCUGCUGGCCAAGAACAACAUUUGUAUCGCCGUCAAGGAGCGGCUGGUGAAGGAUUCGGGCGUGGCCGGCGAAGCGGCCUACAAUGGCAUCGUUCACAAGUUGAACUCGAAACCCAAAGCCAAAGGUGUCAUCAUCUUCGGCUCAGAUCAGGAGGUGUCGGGUGUGAUGAGAGCCGUCCGACGCAACAAUCUGACGGCCAAUUUCAACUGGAUCGGCUCAGACGGAUGGGCCGGACGUCUGCUGGUCUCCGAAGGCAACGAGCAAGAGGUCGAGGGCACUUUGGCUUUUCUUCCGCAAGCUCAUCCCGUUAGGGGAUUCGAUAAUUACUUUCUCUCGCUCACGCCGCUCAAUAACAAACGCAAUCCCUGGUUCAUUGAAUUCUGGGAAAACCAUUUCCAGUGUCGGUACCCGUCCAGUCCACCAACUCCCUACAACCAGAAUUGGCAAAGGACGUGCACGGGUCGAGAGAAACUCACCCCUGAAGGAACCGAAUUCGAAGGACAAUUGCAAUACGUCUCCGACGCUGUCAUGGCUUUCGCCAAUGCUUUCAAGGACAUGCAUCAGACGGUUUGCAAAGGCCAACGUGGUCUGUGCAAAGAAAUGGUGCCCAUAGAUGGAAGUGAAUUGCUCAAAUACCUGAGGCGAGUCGAAUUCACAGGAUUGAGUGGCGAUCGUUUCCAAUUUGACGAUUAUGGUGACGGCCCUGCCCGCUACGAUUUAAUUCAUUUCAAGCAAGUCUCUGCCGGUCGAUAUCGAUGGCUGCGAGUUGGCGAGUACCACUCGGGACAACUAAAACUCGAUGAGAACGAAGAGCUUCUAUUCCGCGGGGAUCAGGUGAUGCAGCCGGAAUCUAUUUGCAGCCGGCCGUGCAACGCUUCGCAGGCGAAAAAGUACGUGGAAGGCGAAGGUUGCUGCUGGACGUGCGUCGAAUGCAUCAGCUAUCAGAUACGGAAUCCGGAUGAUGAAACGCAAUGCUUAGCUUGCCCGCAAGGCACUCUACCGAAUGCGGAACGGAGUCAAUGUCUAGCCAUUCCCGAGGUUUACCUUCGACCUGACACCGGAUGGGCCAUUGGAGCCAUGUCAUUUUCGGCUGUUGGCAUCCUGCUCACCUUCGCAGUUUUAGGUGUGUUUUGUCAACACAAUGACACGCCAGUGGUGCGGGCUUCCGGACGGGAACUGAGCUACGUUUUGCUCAGCGGGAUCCUGCUCUGCUACAUGGUCUCAUUCUUAUUCGUCCUGCGACCGACCGACGUGGUCUGCGGCGUCCAACAAACGGCCAUUGGACUCUGUUUCAGCGUCGUUUACGCCGCCUUGUUCACAAAGACAAACCGCAUCGCCAGAAUCUUCCGGAGCGGCAAGAAGUCCGCAGGACGGCCGGGACUCAUCUCGCCUAAAUCCCAGUUGGCCAUCUGCGGCGGUUUGGUCACUGUCCAAGGAAUCAUUUUGCUAGCGUGGCUCUGGGUUUCUCCGUCGGUGGCUAAACAUGUCCACCCGACACGCGAGGACAAUCUGCUCGUCUGUUCCUCGUUCACCGACGCUUCUUACAUGAUGGCGUUUGCAUAUCCGAUUCUUUUGAUUCUCCUGUGCACCAUCUACGCCGUCGUGACACGCAAAAUACCGGCCGCCUUUAACGAGUCAAAGUACAUUGGGUUCACCAUGUACACAACGUGCGUCAUCUGGCUGGCCUUUGUGCCCAUCUACUUCAGUACGGCGAGUAAUUUGCCGCUAAGGAUCACCAGCAUGAGCGUCACCAUCAGUUUGAGCGCCACCGUCACGCUGGCCUGCCUCUUUUCUCCGAAACUUUACAUCAUCAUCUUCCAUCCGGAACGGAACGUUCGACAAGCUUUGACGGUGCCAACGUCUAAAGGGUCGAUCCGUCAUUCCAAGAAUAAUCCACAUUCUAACAAUGGGCACGCCCAAAAUAACGGAACAAGUGAGGCAGAACCUGCCAAAGGGCUUGUCGCUUUGUCUGCUGUGCAAAAUCAAUUAUUACCGAUGGCGUCACCGUCUGGAGAUCAGCAGAUUCAGCCACAGCUGCUCAAGACGGAAGUUGGUCAAGACAAUGAAAGUGACUUGAUCGUCGACGUGAUGACAAGUGGCGGCGCCCUCUCCGCCUCACGAAUUCAGUUGAACGAAUGAGAAAUUUCUUUAUUUCAUCGGCACACGCGCCCUGGAAAAUUACGCAUUCACCAACCUCCCAUCCACUUUUUCAUUUCACAAUGAAAGAAAAAAGAAUAAAACGAUCGAUUUAGAAAAAUUCGAUU